AUGAGUCUUAAACAAGAAUUUACAUAAACUCUUUGGGAUUAAUUUAAGUUAUCACUAUUUAAGUAUACAUUUCUCAUAAUCCUAGUAUUGCUUAUUAAAUUAUUGGAUAAAAUAACCAAUCUUUAUAAACAACCUGCUUGUUAUCUCUUAUUUAAUUUAUUCAGCUUUUAUAUUUUCCUUUUUAAAUAUAGCUUUAAUUUGCAUGGCAUAAUAUGAAUCUAUCAGGGGAAAUCUAAAAGUUUUUGUAGUAUUUUACUUUCUUAAGAAUUCUUAACUAACAGAAAACAUCCACUUAUUUAAUAGGAAUGUAUUGUGCUAUAAGUAUUGUUCUAUUAAUUGCAAUCAUUGUAUUAUUGGCGGCUAUCAUAAAAUAACUCUUGAAUAAUUAAUUUCUUAUGUUAAUACUAAGUAUUGCUUUAAAAUUAAUCAUGACAGCAGGAUUUGUUGAAAUCUUGAGAUUGCAUUUGGGAGUACAUUCUUAUUUAUAUAAUAUAGUUUUUAAUUUGUAAAAGAGAUUAUAAAGGAGAAUUAAGAAUGUUGUAUACAACUGAUUAAGUAUGUUGGACUGGCAGUUAUAUUAUUCAUGCUUGUAUAGUUGUAUUUUCAUUAAUUGUUUUGAUCUUUAUUGUAAUUAUUGGAUCUAAAUUAUUUAUUGAAGUUAGAAAUAAUAGAAAGAAUGCAUUUUCAUAAAGAGAAGGAUUUACUUACACAUUUUUAUAUGUGUAUGUAUCAUUAUCAUUGGUAGCUUACUCAUUAAUAGAACUACCUAAAUAUACUAUGAUUGUAAUCUUAAUUUAAGUUUUGACAAGUUUUCUUUUCUUUUAUAAAAUUAGAUUCAAAAAGCCUUUUUAUAAUAGAAAUAUUUAAAAAUUAUGGUAAGCUAUAAGUGGUUUAGUUUUUUAUACAAAUUUUAUGCUAUUAACUACAUUUAUAUUUGAACAUUUAGUAUUUAUUGAUACAAUGAAGGGUUGGAUUGUAUCAAUGCCAAUGCUUUUGGUUAUUCUAUUAUAAGAUGAUAGAUAAACUAUAAAUUUGUUAUAAGCUAAUAUGAUUUAAUAACUUUCUAGUUAAGAAAUAAUAUAACUUUCUGAAUUUUUGAUUGAAUUAUGUGAAUGUUUUGAGAAAGAUAAAAAUAAGGAAAUUCUUGUAUUAGGUUUUUUGGAAGUUCAUAAACAAACUUGUUUAAAUCCAUAAUGUGCUAUAAAGACAUCAAUUGAAUUGUCUAAAAAAUUUAAAGAUAAUCUUAAAUAUACAGAUAAAAGAAUUAUUUUAAAAGAAAUUAUUGAUUAAAUUUAUUUACUUGGACUUUAGACAUAUCCACUUAGUGUUGAGUUAAAGUUGCAUUAUUCUUAUUUCCUUUUAGACACUCUAGAAUAAGGUUAAAAGGCAUUAAUUGAAGUAGAUAAAGCAGAAAUGUGUAAUCCAUCUUUUGCAUAAGAAUUUUUAAUAUUUAAAAUGAGGAAAAUUAUUGAUUAAACAUUUUAGAAAUCAGCAACAAAAAAUUAAGUUAAAUACAUUUAAACAAUUGAUAGAAGCAUGAAAUAUUAAUAUAAAUAAAUUAAAUAAUUAACUGAAGAAUGUGCCUAUUAUAAAAUAUAAUUUUGGAAUACUUUACUUGAUGAAAAUCCAAAUUUAUCAUAUAUACAAAAAUAUGGAAAUUUAAUUCUUAAAUAGAUCCAUUUAUUAAAAAAAUAAUUAUUCAAAAUUCAAAGAAAUAAUCAUUUAGAUGUCUCUAUUUAUAGACUUAUAGAAAAAUUUUCUAAAUAUGUUCAUAAAUUAGAAAAUUAUAAAGGUUUUUAAAUGGGAAAUAAAUAAAAAAUUACUUCUUAAUAAUCAGAACAUUAAUAUUUAAAAAAUUAAGAUGAACUAAGCACAUAUUCAUAUCCUGUUAUAGUUUUGGAAUUGUUUGGUAAAGCCAAUUAACCAACAAUAAUAAAAAAUGUCAAUUAAGCUUUCCAUUCUUUAUUAGGAUAUUCUAAAACAGAUGUUAUUGGUAGACCAUUAUCAUUAAUCUUAUAAAAUACGUAAUUUAUUUAUUAGAUAAAAUAGAUAUUUAAAAUUACAUAAUAUUUUUGUUGAAUCUUAUUUUUCUUAAUUAAGAUAAGAUUAAGUUAAUGAAACAGAAGAAAGAUCUUAAUUUUUAGUUUCUAAAAAUAAAUAUGUUCUCUAAACUUAUAGUAUUAAUUCAAUAUACAUGUCUGAUAAAGGUGUAUUUUAAUUUUGUAGAUUGAGACAAGAUCAAUGCUAUAAUCAUUGUGCAUACUUAAUCUUUAAUUUAGAUGGCAAAAUAGAGAGUAUUUCAUCAACUUGCAUAUCUAUACUCAAUUUAGAUAUACGUUAAUUGUAAAUAAGAUAAUUAACAAUAUAAAAAUUAUUCCCUUACUUAAUGUAUAAUAAGGAUGAUUAUAUUAAUAAAAUGAAUUUGAUUGUUUUUGAAAAUCUAACAAAUUCUCUUAAUAAAAGUUCAGAUUUUGAAGAAAAAUAAAAUGACUAAUGUGUUACUAAGUAAUAUUAUGCAUAAUUAUAUGAAAUAUCUAAUAAAAAUUACUUAUUUUCUUAAGCAAAUUGUAGACAAUAAGUUUAUGGAUAUUAUUUAAAAGUUCAAUUAAAUGAAGUUUGUUAACCAAAAGAGGAUUAUUAUUUAAUCAAAAGAAAUAUUCUAAAACAUUAAUUUAAGUUUUCAAUUGAGUAAAACUAAUAUAUAUGUAUAUUAAAUUUUAUUAUAAUUGUAGUUGAACAUGUUAGCUAAUCAACUUCUUAAUAUGAAUCUAUUAAAAAUGACAGUGAAGUUUAAGAUGAACCAAAAGUUUGUAUGUUUACUUAGUAAAGUUUUCCAAGUAAAAAGUUUGUUUCUAUGACCAAUCUUAAAUUAUAAUCAGGCUUAGGCUAUGAUAUUAAAACUUUGAGAUUAUUUUAAGGAGAAAUUAAGGAAAUUAUUGAUCUAGAUUAAGAUGAAGAAGAAGAAGAAUAAAUUAGAGAAAGAACUUAAAAAUUACAAGUUGAAGAUGAAAAAGAAUAGCCAUAAUAAAUCAAAAUAUGUAAUUAGGAAGACUUAAUGUAUUAUCUCUUAGGUGUCCCUUAUUCUCCACUUUUAAAGAAACUUAUUAUUAUUCUUAAUGUUUUAAUGAUUUUAAUGUUUAUCAUUGCAAUAGUAAUGUAUAUGGUCAUUAUACAGACUCAAAGUUAAUUUGAAUCAGCAAUAACUCUUUUAGCAGCAUCUAAUUAAAGAUUUGCAUCAAUACUAAAGAUUUAAUCAAAUUUAUAAGAUUUAAGAGGAUGUUAUUUAAAUCUUGAACAAUAUACUAUGAAAUCUACAGGAGGUAGGUAUGUUUAAAUAAAUUAUGCUGAAUUGAGCAAUGAAUUAGAUAUUUUAUUACUAACUGAUAAAAUUUUAACUUCAGCUUAAAUUUAGAUUAAUAAAAAUUAUCAAACAGUUUUAGAUGAAUUUGAAUCUGCUAAUGUGUAAAUGUUCACAAAAGAUAAUAAUUCUUAUAACUUUACAUUUACUUAAGCAAUAGAAUAAAUGAUAUCUAAAGCUAUCACCUUAAAUAACUCAAAUAUAUCAUCUUUCAUAGAUGAGAAUGAAGAUUUCCAUUAUUAUCUUCAUAAUACACUUAAUUCAAUUCCGAAAUUUUAAUUAAUUUCAUAAGCCUACUAUUACUCAAAUAUUUUAAGUUUAAUAGAUGAUUUAUCUAUAGAGGAAAGUUCAUUUUUUACAUUCUAAAUCUGUUGUCUUAUAUUAAUAUUCCUAUUCUUUUAAAUAUAUGUUUAUUUUCAUUAAAAAGAUGUAAAAGAGAUUAUAUCUUUGUAUUUAGAGAUUAGAGAAAAUUAAAUUAAAAAGAUGAUUAAUUAAUUUUAAACCUUUAUUUAAUUAUUAUAAUUAAAUGAGAAUGAUGAAGUAUUUUAUAUAUUAUUAUAAGAGAUUGAAUCAAUAGAAGAUGAAGAUGAAGUAUAAGAUGAAUAAGAUUAUUAUUUAGGAGUAUCAAACAAAUAUAAAAAAAGAAAAUCAAAAUUUGAAAUGGACAAUUAUCGAAAAGUACAAGCUAACUUCCUAUUCUUUCUUACUCUACUUGUUUCCUAUUUUUCUUAUUUAUACUUUUCAUCAAGUGUAAUAUAUGUAUCUAAUUACAAUAUAGACUAUUACUGAUUAAACUAAGUCUUUAGUACCUUUAGUGAAUCUAACAUCCUAUAUGCCAACAUAAUAUAGAUUAAUAGAUAAUAGUAUAAAAGAGAUGCUUUAUGAUGAGAAUGCUAUUUUGUUUAAUGAGUUUAAUUCAAAUCAAAAAUUAUCAAAAGAAUUAGAAGAAGUCAAACUUUUGGAUGCAGAACUUCAUGCCUUGAAUUAAUAGAAUGAAUUAAUUCUAUCUGAUCAAUAUAAAAAGGUUUUUAAUGAAAUUUAUAUUCAAAAUCCAUGUGAUAUCAUAUUAGCAAAUGAUCCAUCUGUAAAUUCAUCAGCAUGUUUAAAUUUUAAUAAAAAUAUUUUAUAAGAGGGUUUAUCUAUUGCAAUAACUAAUUUUUUUGAAAAUGCACAAAAUAUGUUACAAUAAUAUUCAUAUUAUGAUAAAAAUGCUGUAUAUAAUAAUUUAACUUUUAAUAUCAGUUCAUAACAUCGUUAAAAUUAUACAUGUAAUAUUUAUAAUACAAGAAUUGGAAAUGCAAAUAGAAAAAUGUAAAAGGUAUUUAUCAGAGUGUGUCAUAUGCAAUUAUUAAAAGAAUUACAAAAUUAUUUAAAUUCACAUUAUUCAGAUUUACAAUUACAAUUUACUUUACUAUUCAUGAUAUUUUGUAUGAUAUCAGUUUUAGUAUAUUUUGUUGUAUGGAUUCCAUUAUAGACAAGAUUUUAUUUUGAAUCUAAAACAGCCAGAGAAAUAUAGUCACUUAUUCCAUUAGAUCUUUUUAAUAAUUGCUAAUCUUUAUAGACAUAUCUUAGAUAAAUUAAAGAGAACCGUUGA